UCUAACAUCCAGCCACCCCGUCAACACCAACAUGAUCCUACGAUUACUGAUGCGCUAUUUGGCCAAUAACGAGCAGCUGAUUCAGCGAAUGGCAGAUAGUUACCCAAUGAGACGGGCCGCCCAGUUAGUCGUAUCCUUGAUGUAUCGCACGAAAAGCAUAGCGCGGGAACAGGGCGUGCACGAGAUGACACCGGAGCGAUUCAAAGCUUUCAUGAAUCUAUUUAAGAACAACGUGCGGCAGGAGAUCGAGGGUUUGAAGAAAGAAAUCAAAAACAAAAAGGGCAACUGAAUGAACAUUUUGUAAAUAAAUAGCUCACUAAAUUUUAGUAAAUUAUGCACACUCCAUAGAGUUUACAUUAUUUGAUUAGCUUAUCAAUAAACACUUCAAAAUUUUCGCAUGUAUUCACGCAAA